CGUGGAUGCAUGGCAGUGCUCUAGUUGCAUCAUUCCAUACUGUCUGUAAUGUCCACUUUUUACAUAAACUGACAAAUGUGCUGAUUUAGAAACACGCCUAGCGCGCAGCUAAGCUUGUCUAGUCACUUUUGUUUUACAUCCUUUUUCCGCCAUCAACCCAACCCCUUACGACCCAUUACAAUAGUCAUCUACACCCCUGCACCGAGCUACUAGGGCAUCUGCUCUAAUCUCAUUACUGAUUUCGACAUUUUCCAUCUUGAGCUCAGUACUUUUCAUCGACUGGUCAUGGAAUCGACAUCGUCUUCGGGUAGAUCGCCAAACUAUGUGGUCGAUAUCGAAAAAGGUCUUCCUUUGUCACUCAAUGACCCAUACGGUUCUUCUCAGGGUUCACCUGAGCACCACUCAUCUCCAAAGGCUGUUGGUUCCUCAUCAUCUGCAGCCUUUGCUGUCGCACCUCUUGCUAGUCUGAAGAGGCUGUUUGAACGCAACCCCUCUGCUGUGGUCAGUGGGCGCUAUACAAUCAAUUUUCGCCAGCUCCUUAUCCUCUUGUGUAUUCUCAUAAGUUUGACUCUGCUGUGGUUCUUCAGCGAUUCAGGUGCUGCUGAAGUCGGUCUCGACAAAGCUCGACAGCGACUCAACCCCCCUGAUAGAACAGCUCUAGAAGAUCAGGUCGAGAAGGAGCAACACAUCCCUCAGCAACCUGUGCAUGUCGACCCUUACAAUGAAAGAUAUGAUCGCGUUCGUGGAAAAGGAACAAGGACCAGUUUGAAGAAGAUUCAAUUCGCGUUUGGGCCUGAAUCGCAGCAGGAUCGCGUAGAGCGCGAGGGACGCUUGAAGGCAGUAAGAGAUGGGUUCGAACAUGCGUGGUCCGGCUAUAAAAAGCAUGCAUGGGGUCACGAUGAAGUUCGCCCAGUAUCAGGAGGGUACAGGAAUCAGUUCAAUGGCUGGGGGGCCACAAUGAUUGACAGUUUAGAUACGCUUGUGAUCAUGGGCUUCAAUAAGGAGUUUGAUGAGGCGUUGGAAUGGGUUAAAACCUCAUUCAACAUGAGGAAAGACACCACUGCUCAGCUUCAAUUCUUCGAAACCAUCAUUCGCUACCUUGGAGGAUUGUUGAGUGCCUAUGAUCUCACAGGCGAGAAGGUGCUGUUGGACAAGGCAGAGGAACUUGGUAAUUACAUGUUGAACGCAUUCCAAGGCAGGAUUAUGCCUGAUGGUAGGGUUGCAGUCGCAGAAUCUGCCAACCGCAAUUCGCCUAACAGCUUUGUGCUGGCUGAGGUUGGCACAAUUCAGCUCGAGUUCUCCCGCUUGUCCAUGCUUACCAAGAACCCCAUUUAUGAUCAAAAGGCCCAGAAAAUCUUUGAGGCUUUAGGAUCAGCCACCUCUGACUUACCAGGCUUGCUCCCUUCCUAUGUGCAAGAUGGAAUGGGCCGACACUACAGCAAUUACCGAGCGACCGUCGGUGGUAUGGUUGACAGCUAUUAUGAGUACCUCCUAAAGGAAUGGAUCUUGUUGGAUGGCAAGCCCACUCAAUACAAGGAAACAUUUGAAAAGUCGGUUAACUCUAUGCAUAAGUAUAUGGUGAUGACACCCGACAAUGGAUCGAAAGAAUAUGCUAUUCUCGGUGCUGUCAGUUCGGGCACAAAGGACGUUGAUGCCGACAUGGAGCACUUGGCUUGCUUUAUAGCUGGAUCGCUCGCGAUGAGUUCCAAGUACUAUGAUCGACCAGAUGACAUGAUCCUGGCGAAGCAGGUUGCAGAGGGUUGCUAUCUCGGAUAUCAUCAUUCUGUGACAGGUAUCGGCCCCGAGGCAAUGAAGUUUCAUAAGGGUAGAGAAAGCAAGACCUUUGUGGCAAAUCCCCAAACAUUCUAUGCUCGUGAGAUCAGCCGCAGUGAGUAUAUUCUUAGACCUGAAACUUUGGAGAGUCUUUGGAUCUUGUACCGUCUCACGGGUGAGAAGAAGUAUCAGGAUCAAGCUUGGGAGAUCUUCCAGUCAUUGGAAAAGAGUUGCCGCACAAACAUUGCUUAUUCUGGUCUCAAGGAUGUCAACCGACCAGGUUCACACGAUGACAAGAUGGAAAGUUUCUUCUUGGCCGAAACUAUGAAGUACCUUUACUUGAUGUUUUCUACACCGGACGUCAUUUCACUUGAUAACUUUGUACUUAACACAGAAGCUCAUCCUUUUCGCAGGACUUAAGGAUAUCUCUCUUCUUUUUUAUGUCACCUCAGUAUUGAAAUUAUUCUUUAUCUUUUGUAGCUCUGUAUCUCUCUUGCAAUGCUUCAGUCAAUGAUCAAUAAAUGCAGGAUUCUGU